AUGGUCUGCUACCACCCCACCUCAUUGUGGUGUGGACGUUGUGAACGGGCCUACUACUGCUCGCCAGAGCACCAGCAAAAUGAUUGGCCAAGACAUAAGAUGGAGUGUUUGCCCGCGCACCGCUCGCAGCACAACUACAAUCAGAUCGCAACGCCGCCCUUAUACCAACAACCUCUGGUAUCUGUCUCCGCGUUGCUUUUCAGCCCAGAGGAAGAACGGCCGCGUGUCAUAACCGUGCAGUGUAGGCCCCAGCAGGUGCCCGCCAACGGGUCAUGUCCAACGCCACUGGUACAAGACUUCUUCUCGGACGGCCAAGUCGGCAGCAUUGUCCUUACGCAGGGCUUGAAUAACGAACCUCUCAGGUUCCCGCUACAUCUCUUUUACAGUCAAUCAUCGCUUUCGCGCGGAGCGCCAGUCAACAGGGCAAUCUUGAGGAUAACCUCGGGAGCAGCUCCAAAACCCUGGUGUGGCCCGGUGGUUGUCCUAAAGUUUAAUGGCUCCCGUCGGCAAGGCUACUCGGACGCAGGUUCCAACGAUCUCCCCACGCUCUCAGCGUACUUCCUGACCUACAAAUAG